AUGUCCUCGUCCGAAGAAGAAAUAGUCAUAAAACGACAAGUUGUUAAGAUAAAGCCGCGAACGAUUAAAUCGCAACCACGACACACCGAAUUAGCCCUAGCUGAUAAUACACAAGCACAACAGGUAUUAGAUAAUACCGAUUUACCUGAUUCACCUAGCAAACCGAAAAAAACGAAAACUUAUGAUGAUGAGGACGGCUUCUUUACACGAUCUACUUCUUUCACUCGGAACAAAGGUCCUCGAUUUAAACGUUCAAGACAUAAGGAAAAGGUUUUAAAGUCGGAUUGGACAUUUUCUGACGAUACAAUUGACAUUGAUACGAAUGACCUUUCAGAUUUUUCAGAUGAGCCCAUGGAAAUAAGUAAAACUAAUGAUAAAAAAGAGAUUUUAGAUCCAAUUGAUAGAGAACCAUCUUUAACACCACCACCUGAACUUAACGAAUAUCAACUAAGAACUACGGUUGGAACACUAAGAGCGACUCUCUCUCAAUAUUCGGAAGGACUUCGAUCUGAAAGUGCUGACAUCGGUUCACCAAUCGUAUCCUAUGAACCACAGGAUGAUAUAGAGUUAGAUCCUGAACUUUUAGCUAUUCAACAAUCUAUUAAGCAACCAUAUGGAAAAUCAAACAGAUACGUUGAUACUAAAGUUGAAAUAAUAGUACUUCCCGUUCGUCAUCCAGAUAUCCAAACUGCGGAUGUGAACAAAACCGUUCAGGCUGAAUUCGAAAAGCCUAUUAAAUUUAUUAUGAAAGCGCAAGACAAUUUCGAGCGAAUGAUAAAGAAUAUAUGCGAAAAAAGAGGAAUAGGGAAACAAGAUAUUGUGUUGACAUUUAAAAAAGUUAAAGUAUUUCCACGUAGCACGCCGGAAAGCUUAGGAAUGUCUGGCCAAGCACAUAUGGAGGUAUUCACAAGAGAUACAUAUAAUUAUUACAAGGAACGGAGUGUCCUAUUAAAACAUAGAAUGUUAGAGGAAAUAGAGAGAGAAUCAAAAUUAUUUUCUGAAGAUCAAAAUGAGUCUGAUUUUGGUAACACAGAGAAAACGGAUAAUGAUUACCUUCAUCUGAAACUGUUGAGCAAGGAUGAAUCAAUUGAUAAGUUGAAAAUAAAAAAGACUUUAACAGUACAAGCUGUUAUUGACCAUUACAAAAAAAUCAGAGAUAUUCCGAACAAUGUCGAGAUGAAACUAAUGUUUGAAGAUGAAGCAUUAUCUUUUACUGAUAGACUGGAAGAUACUGAUUUGGAGGAUGGUGAUAUGUUGACCGUCGUUCUUAAUUGUUAA